AUGGGUAAAACAGCUUUAGCGAAAAACUAUAUUUUCAAGUGCCGUGAGACCUGGCCUCCUGGAAAACGAGAAGUAUUCGGGCUUCACCGCGACUUGUGUCAGUGUCGGACAAUAUUUCUUCGGCUUGCGUCUGCUGGAGAUGCUAUAACUAUAGAAACGGCAAACCAGGCGCUUGCACAAGCCGUGGGGGAGCAGCUUCAGCCUGGAACAGAUCGCAUACAGCAGCAAUUGGGACCAUUCUCGGUGUCAGGAUAUGUCAAGCGUCUAGUCAAGGAAGUGAGCCCUCUUUUUAUUGUGAUUGAUGAUCUCGAAAGGCUCUUCCAGUCGCACGGCCGCUUUAUCCAGUUUUGCAGAAAUGUUUUAUGGUCAUGGAUGCAAACUCGACAAAUCCACCUGCUUGUCCUGAGCUCAGUGCCAUUGUUUGAGGGCAAGAAGUAUGAUAUUCGUGUGCCUGGCAGCGUUUGCCAUCGUUGA